UCCGCCCCCCGCCUCCUCCUCUUGUAGUCGUGCUGCGGCCAUCGGUGAAACUUUGCAAGCCUCUCAGUCGUCUACGAGCGCGACGUUUCUGUUGUAAAUUAACUUUUCCCAGAAACACAGCAUGUGAAAGACCCAGGGAUUGAAGCAGUUUGCCGAAUUAUGACUUUUACUUCAUAGCGCGGUGACAGCUUCUGUGUUCCAGGUGGUCCACUUCAGCUUUGUCGUCGUCUUCCACUUGGUCCUGAAGAUUGCCGCCAUGGCUCGCGGCUGCGUCUGCUGCGUCAAGUACAUGCUCUUCCUCUUCAACCUUCUCUUUUGGCUGAGCGGGUGCGGCCUGCUGGGCGUGGGCGUGUGGUUGUCUGUGUCCCAGGGCAGCUUCGCCACGCUGUCGCCCUCCUUCCCGUCGCUGUCCGCCGCCAACCUCGUUGUCACCCUGGGCACCGUCGUCAUGGUGACGGGCUUCUUGGGAUGCCUGGGCUCCAUCAAGGAGAACAAGUGCCUGCUGCUGAGCUUCUUCAUUGUUCUGUUGAUCAUCCUCCUGGCCGAGCUCAUCCUCCUCAUCCUCUUCUUCGUCUACACCGACAAGGUGAGCGACAACGCCAGGCGGGACCUGAAGGACGGGCUGGUUCUUUAUAACACGGACAACAACGCCGGGCUGAAGGAAGCCUGGAAUACCAUACAGGAGGAGUGGCACUGCUGUGGCGUGAUGAGCUACAACGACUGGUACGCAGCCCAGCAGAUUAGCGUGGUCCCUGACACCUGCUGUCAGAUCAUCCAUGCAGGGUGUGGCCGCAACGCUUCCAAUGCCUUCUGGACACGGGGCUGCUACGAGAAGGUGGAAGAGUGGCUGGAUGACAACAAGCACCUGCUGGGAACCAUCGCCAUGUGUGUGCUGGUCGUUCAGCUCCUGGGGAUGGCCUUCUCCAUGACGCUGUACCAACAGAUCCACCGCGCUGCCAAGAAGUACGAAGCCUGACGAGGUUCCUGCGCUCAUUUCAAACACUUAAAAACCCUGGUACAUUUCAAAUAUACACAUAAAAAUAUGUAUGUUGAAAGUAAUACAACAUGCAUACAUUUAUUGUUAGCGCUUGUAGAGUUUUUAUACCAAAAUGUUGUUUGUGUCCUGAUAUGUUCUAUUAAAGCAGACACCUCUCCAAACAA